AGGAGAGAGUGAGCAGAGCAUUUGAGAAACCAGCUGAUCAGAGCUGAGGUAUUCUGCCAGAGUCAGAGGGAGGCACAGCGUGAGUGGAAAAAAAAAGAAAAGAAAAGAGAAGAUAGUGAAAGCAACUCUAGUAAUUUUGAGAUUAAUGAUUCACGGAUUGGACCGUGGAAAAGAGAUGUCUUUUCCUUUCAUGGGAUGCAGGGAACUCAUGUGAAGACAGAAGCCUUGUGGAAAGAUGUGAGAGCUGUUGGCAGGGUGGAAAUCUGAGGAAGACUCUGGCAAAGGAGCAGUCAAGAGCUAGAAACCUGUCUUUGGCUGGAAGACCUUGUGGAAUAAGAAAAGAUGUCUUGGCUGUCACCUGUGUCUUGGGCCAAAUGGACAUGGACGGCGGUCCGAGGGGGAGAGGGAGAUGAGGAUGAAGAGGGGCAGGAAGCCAGCAGAGAAAGGGAGCAAUUUGGAAGGGCAGAAGAGGAAGAGGAGGAGGAGAGAUCUCAAGGCUGCAGUUCUGACUCAGAGGGUCAUUUUGGAACUCCUGAAGCAGCAACACCCGUCCACACCCCUCCAACCAUCCCGGGAGAACUGGAGAACAACAAUACUGAUGCAGACAAAACAGACUUGGAGCGGGAGGAAAACCUGAUAGUGACAGCUUCUGUCAGAGAUCAGGAUAUUUUACUCAGCCACAACAUGGGCCAGGAUGAGCCUGCAGUCCCUAUGGAUGACCCACUCCAAAUAAACGUCCAGAAUCUAGAAGAACAAGCAGAGCACCCUCCACAAGACUUGACCUCCGUGCCUGCUCCUGAUUCGUCCUCUCUGAAGGAAGUCUCUCAGUGCACAGCUCAGUUUUCUGAUUCAUCCCAAGACACAGACCUCAUCCAUGUUGCAGAUCAAAUCCCACAUUUGGGUCCAGUUACAAAUCAUGCUUCCUCCCCAGAACCAGACUUGAUACAGAGCAGAGAAAUUGAUGCUUUCUCCAAUUUAGAGCCCUCUGAGGAGAAUCCUCAGAUUUUGGAGCGCAAUGAUGCACAGCUUGCUCAAAAGACUAAAACCAGCACGUCUAAACCCCCAUCUCUGAAGCUGAAGGCUACGCAGGAUGCGCUUGAGGAACAAGAACUUCCUGUUCCCAAAGCAGCAUACAACUUUGACCUCGACAAGCUGGAUGAUAGUUUUAACCCUUUCACCAGUGGUGGAUCCAAAAUCCAGAACUCUCCCCCACCAUGUGGCCCAAGCUCUCUCCCCAGGCUUGAGCCACUUGGCAGCUCAUUGCCUGUUUGUGAGGCCAGCUCGACAGCUCAAGUAGACUCUGAAAUGAUGGAUAGAUCAUCAGAGACGAAGCCUGUAAUGCUGGAGUUUGGUGUGGAUGAUGGAAUAGUCAGCAAGCCCCCUCCAAAGAAACUAGGGGUAAAAAAGACAGUCAGCAAACUUGCUGCCAAGAAGCAGAGGCCCAAAGGAUCAGACACUUCCUGCAAACCUGACCCAGAACCCCCAGCAUCAGAGGCACAUUCUCAAACAGUGUUGGAAACAGUAGCAGAACGGCUCCCAGAGUCUAUAUCAGAACCAGUUUUAGAGCAAUUAGAAAAAGACUCUUCCACACCAGUGAACCUGGAUGAUAUCCCUAUUCCUAAGAGUGGAACGUAUAAUUUUGACCCCAGUCAGUGGGACGACCCAAACUUCAAUCCAUUUGGUAGUAACAGCAAGACAAGCAGCUCGCCUGUGCUCCCUAAGGGCUCCUACAGCUUUGAUCCAGACAAUUUAGAUGAUUCUGUUGACCCUUUUAAACCCUCAAAGCCCCUGAGCACAGAGGAUUCAUCCUGCAGCGUCUCUUCGCCUGAAACAAAAGUAAAAGAUGGAGGCAAACAGAAAGCAAGGCAGGCUCCUGGGGAGAAGAAAGUGAGACAGAUUCCUAAGAAAAGCAAAGACAGGACAGUCACGACAUCCGAACAAGUCAAGUUUCUCUGUUUUCUGUUGAAUACCUGUAAAGUACAGAAAUAUGAUGAAAGCCAGUCCUUGGUCCUGGAUGUGUGCAAUCAGGAAGAAGAUGAGGUGGUGGCUCAGACCCCAGAGAUCACUCAGCGAGUUCAUCACGCCACAGAUGAGGAGAAACUGGCCUCCACUUGCAUGAUGGGCCAAACAACAGACAAUCAGAAGGAGCCAGAAGAACCUGAGUGUAAUAAAGCACCUGUGAAAAAACAGCCAGCUGUGGAUGGUCCGGAGAUCAAGAUUGCAGAUCAGCUGGAGGAAAAGGACACCUUCAGUCUGAAAGAUGACAUUAGUGAGAUAUCCAUGAACCAAAUAGCAAAGAUGUGCGGCAGUGAGGCCCCUGAUACAGCAGCUCUGUCCCAAGACGGCACCCCCAUGAGUGAGAUGGACAAAGCUGGAGUGCUGACCCUAAUCAGGGAGGAGAUUAUAACAAAAGAGAUUGAAGUCAACGAGUGGAAGAGGCAAUAUGAGCAGAGCAGAACAGAAGUUAUGGAGAUGAGGAAAAUAGUUGCAGAAUAUGAGAAAACUGUUGCACAGAUGAUCGAGGAUGAGCAGCAGCAGAAGAGCCUCUCCUGUAAUAAGUCGGUCAGGCAGUUGACUUUAGAGCGGGAUCAGGCCCUGGCUGACCUCAACUCAGUGGAGCGCUCCUUCGCUGAUCUCUUCAGGAGGUAUGAGAACAUGAAGGGAGUCUUGGAGGGCUUCAAGAAGAAUGAGGAGGUGCUGAAAAAGUGCGCACAAGACUAUUUGAUGCGCAUCAAACAGGAGGAGCAGCGAUAUCAAACCCUCAAAAUCCACGCUGAGGAGAAACUGGAUAAGGCUAACGAGGACAUAGCCCAGGUGCGCACCAAGGCCAACGCUGAAAGUGUGGCGCUUAAUGCAAGCCUGAGAAAGGAGCAGAUGAAGGUGGAGUCACUCGAAAGAGCAGUUCUUCAAAAGAAUCAGGAAAUCGAGGAGCUCACAAAGAUCUGUGAUGAACUGAUUGCCAAACUGGGAACUGAAUAAGAGGCCUUUAUUUAAACUCUGUGGCACUUGAUUUCCCGCUUUCAGCUCCAACUCCAGAUUUUUUUUUUUAUUGCAGCUACAUGUGAUGCUAAUCCUGUACUCUGCUUUUUGUUUCAACAUGACUAAAAUUAGCUGUUCUUGCACUUGCUCAGUUUUUUCUUUUCAGACUGAAACAUGAUAUCAGGACAGCAUUUGUUCAUUUUCUUAAUGAUGCUGUUGUAAUCGAAAAAGCACAAACUCAUCAUGAGGUUUAUUUCUAUUGUUUUGAAGUAAAUGAUUUGAAGCAUUUAUUAGUCUUCAGCUUAAUAUUUGCAGAAAGGGGUUGCCUUAAGCUUAAGAUAUUUACCAGUUUUUAAGUGCUGUGCCUUUUCUUUCAAAUAUGUGUGCAUUCAGAAUGACAAAGCAUUUCCCUCACCAUGUUAUACUGCAUGUGUACAGAUAAGAUAAUGUCAGACAUUUCUUACCACGGCACAUUUACCACUUUGCUAAUGAUGCCCUCUGCAGAAGGGUUAGGAUUAAUUAGUUCAAAUUUGGGGAGCCUUUGAUUUAUUUCACAAAAUGACAAAUAAAUGUAUCCCAACAGAGUUUACACAAAAUGUCCACUAUGACCCAUAAAUCCAGAAUAUGAAGAUCAAAAGCACAUCUUACAUUCAGCUGUGUAAUAGCUUCUUCAUUUAAUGAUACUUUGAUGGUAAUGCGUAACAUUUCAAGUAAUUAUAACUUUAUUGUUAUUAUGCUGUAAUGCCAAACCAUGUGCCAGGUUUCUUUUUCUAUAACUCUACAUUUGAGUGUGGGAAAAUCACUUGUACAUAAAUACUCUUGGUUUGUAUUCACGUUUUUUCUGUGAUUGCAGAUGUUGCUGGUGUUAUUAAGGAAAACAAUGUAUUUUCUCCAUUCAUUCAGUUGCAAACUCUGUUGCCAAAGUGUGGUGUACACAGUAUAUUUUUUGUAUGAUCAAACAUUCUGAAUUAUUAUAAUGGGUUUGCAUUAUGUAAUCAUGUAAAAAUAAUAUAUCUCAUCUGUUAGACAUGCAGCAUUGGUUGAUAAUAUGUACAGGAUAGUUUUUCUGUUCUUUUUAAAAAUGAAAUCAUUGGUUACUUCUGCACAAUCAGAUGCCAAAUAUCAAUAUAUGAUGUGAUUCUGUCCUGUUGUAGUGCUGUAACGUUGGCGUUAAAGCUGCUUUUCAAAGCAAAUCCUUUAUUUUAUGACAUGAGUAUUUUAUACUUAAAUAACAAGAGUGCUCAGACAUGAUUCACCAUUUGUAAAAAUUAAGAAUUAAAUCUGCUCAGAUUCUAUGUUAACUGCUAUAUUUUGUGCAUUCCUGAAUAAAUUGUUACAACGA